CUGCACCGAGCCAGUCAGUGUAGAGACCUUACCUUUGAACAUCCCUUGACGAUGGGAACGAUGACUACUCUCCUCCUACUGGCCUGCCUACUGGCCUGCCUGUCCAUGGCCUUACCAUACACCGUCUGUGGUGAGCCGGUAAAUCCAUUUCAUCUCCUGAAAGAUCGAGUGGACUGUAUGGAAAAGCAGCUGGGCAAGAAUGUAACCCCGGAGGAGGACCUCAGUGCAACAAAUGCAAAACUGAAGUUGCAGGUAGCAAGAGUAGACACACUGAGGCAAGAGAAUGAAGGUACAUCUAAUAAGGUAGCAGCUCUGGAGGCCAAGCUCAAUGCUACAGAGGAAGACCUGGAGGCCCAGAAAGUUGAAGUGGGUAGACUGAGAGGCUUGGAAGAAAACCUGAACUCUAGUGCAGCAGCAGCUGGAUGGACAGACUGUUGGUGGCCAGGCUCAAUGCCACGAAGACAGAGCUGGAAGCUGAAGUACAGGAGCUGGAUGGACAGACUGUUGGUGGCCAGGCUCAAUGCCACGAAGACAGAGCUGGAAGCUGAAGUACAGGAGCUGAAGAGAGACAACAGAGUAAAUGUGGCGUUGAAAGGAGUGGCCUCUCAGUCAUCUCUAUAUGGAAACGGUGUAGCUUCAAAUGCCAUUGAUGGGACCAGAGAACCUGAAUAUGACAAACAAUCCUGCAGCCACACUCAGGAUGACACCAACCCCUGGUGGAGAGUGGACCUUCUGGGUGUGUACAGAGUGAAAGCUGUCAAUAUCAGCACUAUGCACUGCUGUGCUGAGAGACUUGAUGGUGCUGAGAUUCGCAUUGGAAACUCACUGGAGAACAACGGCAUCAACAACCCCAGAUGUGAUGUCAUCUCCCAAAUACCAACAGGGGAGACCAACACCUUCCAGUGUAAUGAGAUGGAGGGUCAGUAUGUUGUUGUGGUCAUCUAUGUCAGGAAGGAGUAUCUCCAUCUGUGUGAGGUGGAAGUACAUGUGGACGGACUCAGCGGCUUGGAAGCUAAACUGAACUCUCUAGAGCACCAACAGCUGGAUGGACAGCGAGUGUGGGGGGCCAGGCUCGAUGACACAUGAAACGUGGCGUUGAAAGGAGUGGCCACCCAGUCAUCACUGUAUGGGGAUGGCCAGGCUAACAAGGCCAUUGAUGGCAACAGAGAAUCAGACUAUCACAAAGGCUCCUGCAGCUGCACUUCAUUUAACACCAACCCCUGGUGG